GAGAGCCGAUCCGGCAGCUCAGAACGCCGAUAGCCGAGCGAGCGAGCCGAUAGUCGGCCUGCGCGUCCGCGUUUUUUUCCUCGUGCUCUCUGUCUAUACGCCGUCACGCACUUUUUCCUCUCUCGCUCCCUGUCCCUCUCUCUCUCCGCUCGCAGUCGCGCUCUUUCUCGUAUACGUGCACGCGUGUGUCCCUCCUCUCUCUCACUCUGACGCUCGCCGAUCCGUGCUCUGCCCACACUCCUCCGAAGAUAUAAGCCGAGUGCGCGGCUCGUCGCUCGCCGAGUGAGCUUGCGAAAGCUCGUUCGCGGGGUUCCAUUUUGUCAACGGCGCGCGGCUCUAGUGCUCCACUGCUGGCUAGUUGUGACUGUGAUUUAUUGUACGUGUCGGUGCCCGAGAGUGUGUCGUCGACCCCGUUCCACGUUUACGUAAGCUCGAUAGUGCAUCGUGUCCAGUGCGCUGCAGCCGGAAGAAGAAGAGAGAGAGAGAGAGCCAACGUCUCGCAACGCGCACAUGUAGGUCGCGCGAGUAGCUGCACGAAUGAAGCGGACCGACAGCCGGAGGAGAGCAGCCCGUGAUGAGAGCCUGCCGCAGCCGCUCCAACGCGGCCCAGACAUGGACGACUGCAGCUGAAUCCCGCGACUGCUGAGCCGUCCCAAAGACGACGCCUGCUCUGCAUAGAGAGAGGGAGAGAGAGAGAGAGAAGAGAAGAGACCGAGAUUCGAGCGAGCGAGACAAGCCGCCAGACAUGAGUGCGACCUGCAGAAGGCUGCUGCUCGUCUGCGCGCUGAUGCUGCUCGUCUGCUGCAGGACGAUGGCCGACAAGUGCACCAACGUCUGCGUCUGCAAGUGGAAGAGCGGCAAGCAGACGGUCGAGUGCCGGAACCGGGGCCUCAACGGCGUGCCCGACGGCAUCGACCCGGAGACCCAGGUCCUCGACGCCAGCGAGAACGCCAUCAACUUCCUCACCGACGGCAUCUUCAUCAAGGUCCGACUGACGAACCUGCAGCGGCUCUACCUGCGCAGCUGCCGGAUCGACCGCAUCGAGCAGAACGCCCUGGCCGGCCUGACCAACCUGGUCGAGCUCGACCUGAGCCACAACCGGCUGACCAGCGUGCCCAGCCAGAGCUUCGCCAACGCGCCCUUCCUCCGGGACCUCGUGCUCGCCCACAACCCCAUCGGCAAGAUACCGCCACACGCGUUCAAGGACGCGCCCAACCUGGUCAAGCUCGACCUCUCGAACUGCGACCUGACCGACCUAGCGGCCAAGGGCUUCCAGGGCCUGGACAUGCUCGAGACCCUGAAGCUCAGCCACAACCGGAUCUCCACGCUGCUCCAGCACACCUUCGAGCCGCUCAACAAGCUCACCAGCAUCGAGCUCCACGAGAACCCCUGGACCUGCGACUGCACGCUGCGCGAGAUGAAGUCCUGGCUGGUCAAGCACAACCUGCCGACCCUCAUCGCGCCGAUCUGCCAGCGGCCCGAGCAGCUGGCCAACCGCUCCUUCGCCGAGCUCACCGCCGACGACUUCGCCUGCCGGCCGGUCAUGGCCAUCGUCAGCCGCUACGCCGAGGCGACAAUCGGCGAGAACGCCAGCAUCGUCUGCACGGUCACGGCCAUACCCCCGGCCAAGAUCAAGUGGAUCUGGAACGGGAAGCUCUACACCAACCACUCGAUCGUCAACAGCUACCAGAAGAUCCUCAUCUACGAGGAGGGCAAGCACUUCCAGAAGCGCAGCACCCUCGUGCUGACCAACGCCCAGGAGACCGACUCGUCCAACUUCUUCUGCGUCGCGGAGAACCAGGCGGGCAGCGUCGAGGCCAACUUCACGCUCCACGUCUCCCUGCGCACCGCCGGCAUGUCCACCCUCGGCUCCGGCCAGAUAGCCGGCAUCUCCGCGGCCCUGGUCGUCCUCAUCCUCUUCAUCCUGCUGACCAUCAUGGUGCUGUUCGUCAGGUUGCGUCGGAUGCCCCAGAAGGAGGUGAAGAGUCCGGCGCCGGGCUCGGACAACCUGCCGCUCGACGGCUGCACCAGCAGCAACCAGGACUCCGGGGCCAACAACCCCCAGUCGGCCACCUCGACGGUCAGCCGGCGCAAGCUCGAGGAGGUCGAGACGACCUCGUUCAACGAGUCGCUGUGCGCGGGCAAACCUGCGGGGGGCAACGCGAUGCCGCUGAACCACAGCUACGCGCCCCGACCCGUCGCGGCCAGCCUGCUGCCGACCGAGAGCCACGACUACCUGAUCAACCGCGGCUACGACGACGGCAGCUCCAGCCGGACACUGCACCAGUCGAUCCUGGCCGCGGGCCCGGCCUGCUACUCGUCGCAGGCCUCGCUCAUGCCGGUCGACAACCCCGACCUGAUCCGGGACACGCGCCGCGGCUCGAGCGACGAGGCCGCGAUAGCCAGCUACGCCAGCGGCGAGUACAGCAGCAGCCGGCUCCUCGACAUGGACGAGGGCAAGCUCCUCUACUCGGAGUGCCUCAGCUGGGAGGCGACCGGCAGCAGAGCCCUGCCCUCGGUCUCGGCCAACCCCUACAAGGACCUGCAUCAGCCUCAUCAGCAGGCCCAGCCUCAGCAGCAGCAGCAGCAGCAGCAGCAGCAGCAGGACUCCUUCCCACCGGGUGCGAAGCAGAUCCGGGUCUGGCAGAAGCAGGGCGUGCCGGUGCUGCCGCCGGUCUCGGCGCUCAAGCGCGUCCUCUCGACGCGCAGCUCGCCGGACGAGGGCUACCAGGAGGGCACGGGCACCGACGUCUAGGCAACGUCCCGAGCGACCUCCUCGUCAUCCUCCUCCCGCGCAGCCCGAUGACGACGGCCCGAGGACCACGACGACUACGGUGAUCACUUCGGCGGCCAACCUGCACCCGUUGUAGACCGACUGGUCUAAGUGUGUGUGUGUGUGUGUGUGUGUGUGCGAGUCUGCGUUCACUGCGGACCCGAAGCUCACGGACCAGUGCGACGAGGCUGUGUCUGUCUGUGCAGUUGGUGCUUCGCCGUCGUCGUGGACCUGCGUAUCCACUGUAGUGCUGUACUGUAACGCGUCGGCGAUGGUGUAUAACGUGUGCGCGAAUGUCGCCAUCGGAAGAGAGAGAGAGAGAGAGAGAGAGAGAGAGAGAGAGAGAGACUCGAGGUACGUAGAGAAUAGGCGAGCGCCGCGCCGGAGUCGAGCCCACAGACACAGAGGGAGAGAGAGAUGGAGAUUGAAAUAUCGAUAGGCGUUUGUGAGGCUCUCACUCUUUGUGUCUGUGCGGAGCCUUUGUGCAGCUUUCGCAAUACACACAGCGAAGCUCUCGCUUCGCGUCUGUGCGAUGAAUACACCUGGGGGGGAGAAGAGGAUCAUUCAGAGGUUGCGUCGAGUGUCGACGGGGCGUCGAACCAAAGAUUUCUAAAGUACGCAAAGACUGUUUAAUGUUCCAAGGAUGUAUAGAUAGGACGUAUAACAAGCGACGGUGUUUACGAGAGACGGCAUUAUGUCUGUGCCGUUAGACGCACAUUCUACUGAAAGAGCGGAGAACUAUAAUAUAUACGAUUAUAUAGUAUACCCAGGGUAUACACACUUACGCGGGCUGUUUCGAUCGCGACGACUCGUCUUUCUUUUUUCUCCUUCGUUUCGCACGACGACUAUUAUACAUCAGCGGACGCGAUGUCCUUUCGAGUCGUCGGUACGAGACGAAACUAAAAGCGGGUGUGUAUACGUGUCUUGUAAAUAAUUCAAGACCGCGCCGCUACACUAUAUUUGGCUUGAAAAAAGCUCAUCACCGCUUGUUCUCUUUUUUCUAUACUAUCACGUAGGAGCGGAUACUCAGUAUUUGUAAAAUAACCGCGAGUAUGUGCGAGUGACUGUGUGAAGCGACGCGAGUAGUGUGUUGUAAUAGCCGAUGUGUUUGCGAAAAGUAAAAAUUGCGACGGUGCAGGUUUCUCGUUUAUUGUUUUCCUAUCGAUUCCGGAUACGCGCGUUGUUAUUAUAAACACAGACGCUAUAGCUGUGUCUACGUUCCGCUGUGCUUUUCUUCCCUCAAAUACACACACACACACACACACACACACACACCGCAUGCGAUCUUCCAUGUCGCCGAUCAGCUCUCGCCAACAGUCUAUAUACGGUGCAAGCGCGCGACGUCUUUCCGCCGAUCCUUCCACGAUCGAUCACGUGACACGGCAGCAUUACCAGCCCCGCUGCGAGCGGAUAUGCACUAUUCAUCGGUAUGAUAGCACAUUUUGGGAUUUGGAAACGGCGACAUUUGCAUUUCAAAGGCCGCCGCGGGCCGAUUUAACGAUUGUUCGAAGGAUCCGCUCUUUUUUCGCUCUCGCUUCUUCAUUAUCGCAGUGCCGUGGAUGUCGGGGUCGUUGCUUUUUUCGGGGCUUUGCUGCGAUGAUUAGAUGACGGCGUGUUUUUUUGACGCUGCUUUCAGAGUUAUGAGUUUGACGGACGUAAGUACUCGCGUUGUUGGUCUCUACACACGGCUAUGAAUACGGCGAUAGUGUAUAUAGCUGUCCGUGCGAGCGCAUAUUCGAUUUUUCCGAACACACACACACACACACACACCUCUUCCGGCUGUUUUACGACUCGCGCUAUAGUGAAAUUUUAUGAAAAAGCGAACUUUGCAGCGGUCGGUUAUACUCUUGCGUUAAAUUAGCUUGCACGUGAUCCGCGCGUCAAUUCCUCUUUUUUUCGUAUACAUAAUUCCCUUCGUGCCAGCCGCCGCGCAGCUGUUCACUUCGCCGUGUAUAACCGAGGGUCGCGUGUACACACGCGUACGUACACGUAUGUAACACAGGACACGCGUGGCUGCAGCGGGCCCGGCAUUGUGCACUCUAGCGAAGGAUACGCGAACAAUUGGAUAAAGGCGGCACAAAGGGCCUGCGACUCGAGGGGGGAUAUUAUGCAUUAUAUCGACGGGUGCGUUUAGUUUACGGUACACAUGUACGCGAUCGACGUACGUGCGUUAAUAGGCGAGGAGUUUCGAGCUAAUAUUAUACAAUAUUACGGGAGUCGGAAUAAAAUUCAAAGGCCGAGUCGUCGUCUCCUCGCGCGUUUAUAUACGAGCCGAGAGCGCGAUUAAUUCCUCUCCACGCUCGCUCUUUGUAUAUAUAGAAGUCCCGGCACGUACACAUACGGGAUUCUGCGGCGGAGCGUGUGCGCUUGAUUUAUUUUUCCUUCGCCGAUUGAUAUUGAUAUUGGUUAUUGCCGGGCGGCGAUAGACGAUCGCGGGGAGUUUAGAGGGGCGCGGCGCGGGCUUUAUUUAUUUUUCUAUCGAUCGAUCGGUAUACCCUCUUUCCUCUGAUUUGCAAUAGCGACGAGAGGAUAUCGCGAGUGAAAUAAAUUCGCGCGCGGCUGGUAUUUCCGCGUUGGAUUGGAAUAUGACUCGCGGGUUUGUUGCUUGAAAAUUCGAAAUGACACUGCCUCGAUGUUCUAUACACUCGCUGUCUUUUUCUGAUUUAUAAACGCACUGUGAAGACUUUCUCGAGAGACUCCGCGGCACAUAAAUCGGCUAAUCCGCGACGCGCUGUGUUAUUCAUCCCGCACAAAAGUUCGCGCGUAAGGGCGAAGAGAAGCCGAAAACUCACGUGCCGAGCAUCAAUUUCGUCUAUCGCCUGUGUCUUGUAUAACGGCCCUUUUUUCUCUCUCUCUCUCUCUCUCUCUCUCUCUCUCUCUCUCUCAUCGAAUCAGCCAUUAAUCACGUCACGCCGGAAUAAACAGCGAAAGUGUCCCGCGCGCGAAAUUGGACGUCGGUACAAGACACUCGCGAUAUUAGACAUUCCCUUCGCUCCUGUUAUACUGUAUCGCGUUUCUCUCUCAGCAGCAGCAGCUAAAAGCCGUGUAGGAGGUAUAAUGGCUCCUCCGCUUACACACUCGUCCCGCUCGAAGAUAGACGAUAGCCUUGAAAUGUUGCCAAAACGAUUAGGCGCAGAGAUUCCCUCUGUAUACUUUUUCUCGCUUUCUCUCGGCUCCACGACGUUUCCCGUUUCUCGCCAAGCGGUCGAUGCAAUUCCAGUUAUACAGUGCGCUGAGCUCGCAGGAUGUAGGUUAAGAGCCAGCGUCGAUUGAGCAAUAAAGCUGUUUUAACGCCUCGCUCGCGUUGUGUGCGCUUGCAUUUCUAAUUAAAGCCGGCGCGAGAGAGCUUUCCAAAGGCUAGACGCGAGCGCUGUCGUUUUUCCUUCUCAAAGGAGCCUGCGCGAGUCGCCGGAGUAAUUGAGUUACGCGAGUGGAUGUGGCGGAUGACUAUCAAUUGGCGAGAGAGAGAGAGAGAGAGAGAGAGAGAGAGAGAGAGAGAGAGAGAGAGCGCUGCAGCUUUUUUAUUUUCGUAUCCAUAUAACGACGACCCUUGUGUACGAAAAGCAAGCUUUGACCUUUUCUCGGCUGACCGGUUCCUUCCGUUCGUUAAUUUGCCCCGACACCGCGAGCUUUACGACACAAUCGAGACCGCAAUUUCUAUCCUUCCCUAUAUCCGAUAUACCAAGAGAGAAAAAAACAAUGCCCGGAAAAAUCGCCGAUCGAGUUACGGCGAAAAGGUCCGCCGAUGAAAAAAUUGCAUCACCGCGCGAGGGGCUACUGUGACCAGUUGAGUUUUUAUUGCCGGAGCCGGCAAGGUUUUUUUCGAUUUUUUUCGAAAUAAACGCUCUCCCGAUGUUCAUUCCGGAAAUCUAAUCAUAUCGGUUAUCGUCUUCGCAAGAAGGAACAAUGAUUUACGUAUAUAUAUAUAUAUAUAUAUAUAUAUAUAUAUAUAACCUUUCGUCGAAUAAUCUCGGUCUGUCGAAAUUCAAAAAGGCCGUUCAAUCAAUUUGAAAAAUCAAUACCCAUCGACGAAAUUUUUCUUUCUUCGCGAACGUAUCAAUAGGAAGCCCUCUCGAGGACGUAAAAAUUCACAACCGACACAUCAUGGGCCGCUCGCGCAUCGAGAGGGAAAAUUUCCAUUUGCAUAUCAACACAUAUCAUGGCUCGUGUGUGCGGGCGUUCGACAAUAUAUACAAUUGAACGGGGGAAAUUUUCCUUCGAGAUUUGCGCCCCGAAGCGUUAUGUUGCUUCUCGGCUAUACUCCCACGCCCUCGAUCGAUCUUUCGCGUCUUUCCACGGAUUUUCGCCUCCGACGACGACGGCGACGAGGACGAAAAAAAGCACAGCGGAAAACUUGCCUUCUCUCUCGGCUCUAAUUACGAUCGCGCAUAUACGUGUGUGUAGAUAAGAGUGUCGCAGCGAUGCAGCAGAAAUCAAAGGACGUUGCCUCGACGAGAUUUCCGUUCCGCGAAGUUUAUUUAUAUUUGAAUUAUAAUUAAAUAAUGAAUCAAAACAUGAGCAUUUACCCCGCGAGUAUAGAGGAACAAGAAUCUCGUCGAAACCGGAACACAGCCAUCAAAUCACUCGAAUAUCCGCAGAGUCACACUCUGCGAUCGAACGAGUGAGUGAAAGAGAGAGAAGAGAGAAAAUAAAAAGCUCAGCCGAAAAAAAGCUCAAGCUCCGCCCCAACGAGUAGGGCGUCUUAUCGGGUCGGAGGCAUCGCUUGGGAGUAAACGUCGCAUGUAAAUAACGGAAUAAUCGAGAGCGGAUCUGGCUGCGACACUUUUAUUUCCAACGGCUAUAUAAUACACUCGCGCGCGCGCGCGCGCGAGAGAGAGAGAGAGAGAGAGAGAGAGAGCGGAAAAGAAUGGGAAGCAGCAGCAGCGCCAGUCGCGCUAACUGAACAAAAUAAUGUAUGAAAAGGUAAAAUGAGCCACGACAGAGAGUUCAAUAUACGUAUGGUGCAUUACGAACAAAAAAAGAGAGUAAAAAUAAAUAACGAUUCAAAAAAAAAAGAUUAAUAAUAAUAACACUAAUAAUAAUAACGACGAAAUAAACAAAAGGAGAGAAAGAGCACAGAGCGCGGAGUCUACUCGAACGCGAGAGAAAACGCGAGAAGGCUGAUUAAUUAUUGCUCGCGCGCGGAAGCGAGUGCUGCACGUGAGCCGAAAAAAAGGAGUACGUAUACUUGCGAGUAUAUAUAUAUUGUGUGUGUGUGUGCGGGGGCAGCUUCGAUCGGCUGCUGUUUAGAGGAAAAAUCACUACUGCGGCGCAGCACUUAAGUACGUAUACAUAGUAAUUCUCGUAUUUAUUAUGUGAAAGAGAGAGAAAACGCGCGAAUAGUAAGCGAGUAUGCGAGAGAUGCGAUGUUAAAGAUGUACAAAUGUGUAAUUUAGUGUUGCAGACAAAAAAAAAAUAAUAAUAAUAAUACCGAGAAUAAAUUUCAAAGGUCGUUAUUGAGACGAGUGUGCGUGUGCGUGUGUGCGAGAGAGACUGAAUCAAGAGGCUGUAUAUCUAUAUUUAAAGAAGAAACGGGGAUGUGUAUGAGUGUGAGAGACACCUCGACGUUUCGAUGUUAUUGCUUAUUCCGGACGUAUAAUGUGGGCGUUAUACACACAUCAGCAGUUUCAUUUUGUAAAUAUGCGAAGCGUGAAAUAUGCAUAUAACAGAAAUGAAUUUCGUUCGAAAUUUCGAGCCUGCGUUACUCGACUGUUUCUCGAUGAUAUAAUGAGUAAUUUCAUUUAUACACACCCACAUGGAGAGGCCGGAAUACGUCGAAACGUCGCGGGUGUUUAUCAACCCCCUCAACUUGAAUUUAUGGCGUACAGUUUAGAUACCAACAUAGACACGUAUAUUUCCAGGAUCACACAGACUACAUACACAGAGAUGAUGUCGCGAGCAAAGAAAUAAAGACACACAGAGACAAACUAAAUACAGACAAAAGAAUUAAACAUUUCUCUCGAGCGUGUACAUGUUCACGAUUAUACGUAUGUUACCAUGUAAGCGAGCGGAACAAAAUGAAAGAAAAAAGACGUUUCUGUAAAAAAAGAAAAAAAAAAUAACUUGAACCCGGUACGAUUAUACGGAGGUCGAGCUGGAGAACGACGGCGAUAUUACGAAAGCGAGAUGUGGAUGGAAACCUAUUAUAUAGCGAGCGACGACUGACAUGUGUCGUUACGUAUACUUUGUAAUGACGGUGUUCGUUUUUAUUUUUUCGUUGUUUCGGCGUUGUUCUAUGAGUUUUUCUUUCUAUGCCCCACGACGAAUUUAUACAUAUAAAUAAAAGUAAUGAAGCAUUGCGCUCGAGCGAUACUGAGAAUUGGCUCGGUUUGGUUCUCUCCGUAUGAUUUGUCAUGUGUAAGGCGAGUAUUAAGGCGAAUGAUUUCAUAUGUCACUGUAUUAUUUAUUACGUACUUAUUAUAUACAUACGAUGUAAUAAACAACUAUUAUAUUUGUAAAAAAUUA